CAUGACUGAAGCGAUUUGGCAGCAGCAGCAGCAGCUUCCACAGAAGGAUUCAGGAGGAGCCAGGAUCCGAGCAGGGGAGUCCACCCAAAGCUGAAGUGUCUCAGCAGCAGGCCUGGCACUGACCGGGCCUGGCCUGCCUGGUGGGACCAGAAGGAGCCAGCUGCCCAUCCUGGGAUCUCAGUGCACCCAGGCGAGGCCCACCUUGGGACAGAGUCCUUUUGGUUGGAAGUAUCUGCGAGCCCUCACAGAAGGGCACCCCUUGGCCUGACUUCCCUGCCCCCCUGCUCCUACAGCCAUGGAGGCGACUGCGGCCAGCACUUCCUUACCUGACCCCGGCGACUUUGACCGGAACGUGCCCCGGAUCUGCGGGGUGUGCGGGGACCGAGCCACCGGCUUCCAUUUCAACGCUAUGACCUGCGAAGGCUGCAAAGGCUUCUUCAGGCGGAGCAUGAAGCGGAAGGCGCUCUUCACCUGUCCCUUCAACGGAGACUGCCGCAUCACCAAGGACAACCGCCGCCACUGCCAGGCCUGCCGGCUCAAGCGCUGUAUUGACAUCGGCAUGAUGAAGGAAUUCAUCCUGACUGAUGAAGAGGUGCAGCGGAAACGGGAGAUGAUCCUCAAGCGGAAGGAGGAGGAGGCCUUGAAGGACAGCCUGCGGCCGAAGCUGUCGGAGGAGCAGCAGCGCAUCAUCACCACCCUGCUGGACGCCCACCACAAGACCUACGACGACACCUACUCCGACUUCAGCCAGUUCCGGCCUCCAGUUCGCAAGGAUGAGGACGAGGGGAACUGUGCUUCGAGGUCGAUACUCACGCCCAGCUUCUCUGGAAACUCGUCCUCCUCCUGUUCGGAUCACUAUACCUCCUCUCCAGACACAACGGAGCCAACCAGCUUCUCCAACCAGCAUCUGAGUGAAGAAGACUCCGAUGACCCUUCUGUGACCCUGGACCUGUCCCAGCUCUCCAUGCUGCCCCACCUGGCUGACCUGGUCAGUUACAGCAUCCAAAAGGUCAUCGGCUUUGCCAAGAUGAUCCCAGGGUUCAGAGACCUCACCGCUGACGACCAGAUCGUGCUGCUGAAGUCGAGUGCCAUUGAGGUCAUCAUGCUGCGCUCCAACCAGUCCUUCACCCUGGACGACAUGUCCUGGACCUGUGGCAGCCAGGACUACAAGUACCAAGUCAGCGACGUGACCAGAGCCGGACACAGCCUGGAGCUCAUCGAGCCCCUCAUCAAGUUCCAGGUGGGGCUGAAGAAGCUGAAUUUGCACGAAGAGGAACAUGUCCUGCUCAUGGCCAUCUGCAUUGUCUCCCCAGACCGCCCCGGAGUGCAGGACGCCGCGCUGGUCGAGGCCAUCCAGGACCGCCUGUCCAACACGCUGCAGACCUACAUCCGCUGCCGCCACCCGCCCCCAGGCAGCCACCUGCUCUAUGCCAAGAUGAUCCAGAAGCUGGCGGACCUGCGCAGCCUGAACGAGGAGCACUCCAAGCAGUACCGCUGCCUCUCCUUCCAGCCCGAGUCCAGCACGAAGCUCACACCCCUCCUGCUCGAGGUGUUUGGCAACGAGAUCUCCUGACUCUGGCGGCCUGUACUGGCGCCUGGGAAGGGCGGCCUCUCCAGGGCUGGGCACUCAGGCCUGGGGCUGGUGGCUGCCCAGCAGCCCUUUCCACACCUGCUGGGGUUCAUCCCCUCCUCUCCUGCCUCUCCUCCCCAGCUGGCCCAUCCUCUCUCCUGCCCCAUCUAACGCCAGGUCCCCCUCACCUGCAGGCCACAGGCUGCCCUCCCAACCCACCCUCACUCAAGGCCAUCCCUCAAGGCCUCAGUCAUGAGGAUUUUUCAUUUAUUUGACAAAGGAACUCGAGUGGGGGCAGAGGGCAGAGGCUGAAGGUAGGCCCUUGCCCGAGGAUGUCCCCGCCAUCCGGAAGUGGCUGCUGGCUGGUGCCGAGGAAACAGGCAGGCGGGAGAGACAGACCCAUUCCUCAGGGACAGACACCUGUACCUCCACUGCACUCCAAGCCCACCCAUCCAGAGCUGCUGGGACCACCCUUCCUCCGCCCACCCACGAUAAAGACUGACUCACAACCCCCUCCUCAUUCUGCUGCUGGUCUCUGCUGUCUGCCCCUGGGCAGUGUGCUGCGACGGGCCCUCCUCCUCUGCCUUCUUACCCUGGCCCUCCUAGGACACUCGCUGCCAAGGAAGCCCCAAAACCAAGGUGACCGAGAUCACAAUCCCCACCCCCAUUCACACUCUGCCGGCCAAAGGGUGCUUGCCUAACGCUGUAGGGCCCACCCUCAUCCUACAGUGGUGACAUUCUCCCCAGGAGUGGCCCUGGUAGGAUGGGCUUUCUCCCCAUGGUAGGGGCCACUGGCCCAGAACCCAAGUGCUGGAGGCCAAGCAGGGAAGUGAGCAGGGCCCAGGCGAUGAGGGGACAGGCAAACCCAGCCUGGUAGAAGAGUAGUAGACAGAGGCCCCACCCAUCCUGCCACCGAGCCCACAGCUCCUCAGCCGGGAUCUAAGGGGCUGGGGAGGCAGGAGCUCUUCUCCGUCCCACAGUCCACGUCGCAGGACUGAACGGCCCCCAGGCUUCAGAGGAUUGCAGCCACUGUCCUCAUUCACACCCUGCAGGUCCCUACAACCCACCCCAGACAGGACUGGCCACAGGCUCCAGAGCCCUUGCACAGCGGCUGUGGGGCUGGACGGGCCUCUCCCUGGGGUGGAUGGCCAAAGGUGAUGACCUAGAGAUCAGUCCACUGUCCCUGCCCCCAGGAGUCUGGAGAAGCCACUUACCAGUAGGGCCUCGUCUUUCCUUCCUGGCAGGGUGGGCUGAAGUGUGAAAGUGUCAGUCGCUCAGUAGCGUCCGACUCUUUGCAACCCCAUGGACUGCAGCCCGUCAGGCUCCUUUGUCCAUGGGAGGGUGGGAUGAGGGAGAGGAAUUUCCAGAUCCCAAUAGCCCCAGCCCACCCUGGCUGCCUGGGUCCGCUUCCAGCACUGCUCCAGCAUCUCAAGUGUGGGUGGGGGGCAGCGGGUCUGGGAUAGUGCUUCUGGUGGAGCUGGGUGAGGCUGGUUCCUCCUUGUUCCCACCCCACCCACUAAUGUCAGAAAGGGCCGGUGAGGCAGGUGGGGUGGGGGCCCCAAACUUCAAAGUCGGUGUUCUUCCCGUAUCCAGAGCUGACGUCUGAUGGAUGGAAGUUGUCUUUAGAAUCAGACGCCUUUGGGACCACAUCCUGAUAAAGUGGAUAGUAGGCACUGCUAAUGAAGAGAUGCUUAUGGGAGGUGUGGACUUAUGCUGGCUAAGUUCUGCACACUGUUGUUGUUAUUUUACAAAUUAAGGAGAGACCCUUGGGAUCCGAUUGUAGAAAAGGCUUGAAAAUCGCUAACCCAGUUCAGCCCCCUUGUUAGAGAAAACUGAUGCUGUGGAGAAGGUGUGACUCACCCAAGCUCGUUUAACUAGUUUGGAGCAGCCCCAGGUCUGGACCUGGACGUUGGCCAUGGGGUCCUGUGCUGUUUUUCCUACACUGCGCUACAGCUCAGACGUCACGUCCCAUUCCCCUGGUGGCCGACCUGUCCCUUGGGGGAAGCCCUGGGUUUUAGAUGGAACAAGUCCAGAGCCCUGCCUCUCUUUCCUGGGCUGUCACCCCACUGAGCCCCCAGAACCAGGAAAAGGGACGCCUCAGCCUGCAUCUCAGUGUGACUCGCACCCCACCCCAGUGUGGCCCUGGUCGGGUGGGGUCUCUGCCUCAGCUUGGUUUAAUGCUGUUGCCUUAUCAAUAAAGCGAAUUUGCCUUUGUACUGCCUUCACCUGCCCAGUGCUCCCCAGCCCUGCCUCCCCCAGGGAGCAUGGCAGGGCACACGGAGGACGCUAUUCCUCAGCCUCGGCGCCCCUGACAGCCCCAUGCAGUCCCAAAGUCCAGUCUAGCAGCUGGAAGGGAGAGAAAAGUGAGGCUUCCUCAAUGGAAAGAAAAUGUGGUCAUCUCUCUGUUUCAGAAUGAGAGAAUGUGAAGGCAGACAGUCAUAAAUCUCAACCUUUUAAUGUAUAUUAUCAGAAAGCCAGGAAGUGUUAGUCACUCAGUCAUGUCCGAUUCUUUGCCACCCCAUGGACUAUAGCCCACCAGCCUCCUCUGUCCAUGGGAUUUUCCAGAUGAUACUGGAGUGGGUUGCCAUUUCCUUCUCCAGGGGAUCUUCCCGACGCAGGGAUUGAACCCACGUCUCCUACAUUGCGGAAAAUCAUUUACCCUCUGAGUCACCAGGGAAGCCAGGAAAGUAUACACCAAAAAUGCCAAAUAAACAAGAUUCUGGGAGAUAGGAAAAGCCUUCUCUGGCUGCCUGGAAGAAGUAGGAGAAUCUGAAUGAGGUCAACAGGGAAGUUUGGAACGUACAACAGAUCUGGUUAAAUCUGGAAAUAAAACAGCAAAGAGGGCUUUGAAGAAUGGUUCCUGGUGAUUUCCAAAGAGAAAAAACAUUUGCCAAGAAUUUGUCAAAUAAAACCGAUGAAUACUUCCCAUAUGGUAAUAAAGAUGGCGGAUACUUACAUAGCACUUACUUUAUGUCAAGUACUGCUGUAAAUAAAUGCUUUAUGCAAACCA